UGUAAAUUGACUAGGCCUCAUUUGAAUAUUGAGCCAUGAGAGGGAAUACUUUGACCGAGGGUUCCAUGAGCUGUUUCAGAGAGGAAGAUGAAAGAACUUUACCUGAACUUUUGAAAGAUGAAGUAUUUGUGGAUUUCUUCAACACCUUCCUCAAUCUACCUGUUUUUGGGCAGACCCCUUUGUACCUUCUGCGUGACAACAAGUGGAUUCUGUGUCCUGAAGUUCUGCACUCCCAACCGGUGAAUGGAGCAGGGUUUCUGCAGUGGUUGACAUCACAACGAUUAACCUUGUUUAAACAAACUGAACUUUUUCAUCACUACCUGCUAUGCGCAGAGAUCCUGCAGCUUCCGUCAUUUCAAACCGAAGAGGGGCAGCCAUGGACCAGAGCGGACCAGUGGCUCCUGAGGAGGUGUGUGGGCAGUGUGAGGGGCCUGCACCGCUUCACCUCCUUCAUGGCAAGCACGCGAGGAGAGGAGCUGGUCCUGUUCAGUGUGCGAGUCAACAGGUUGCUGAGUCUGUCGAAGCAGGAGCAGGAGACUCCUCCGAGUGUCCACUACCGGGCCUUGCUCUCAGUCCUCCAGCUGAAUCACCUCAGGGAAGGAUCCGGCAUCAUAGCCGUCUGCCGCAUCUCCCCAGCCGAGGCACUGGAGGUUCUGGCUGGUGAUCACCCGGAGACUGGCAAGCUGCAGCUGCUGUGGAGGAUGAGGACUCAGGCCGUGCGCCGACUCCAGCACUACUGGCUGCCUCACUUCCUGAGCCACUGCAAGGCCUCCCUGGCCCGCGUGGCUGAGUGUCGGCCGCUGGUUGAGGAGUACGCAUGCUUGGCUUCCUGUGACGACCCUCGGGAGUGCCCUGCACUGCCCGGCGUGGAGAGGAGUCAGCUGGAGCGGUCAGCCGUGGGCCCUUCCUCGUACAAUUCCAAACACAGCAAGAAGCUCCUCUGGAGGUCCAAGUCUGGCUCCAAGAAACCUCAUGGAACUAACACUGAAGGCGGAGCACAAAAGCCUACUCCGAGUGUGUGUCAGUGGCUUUCUAUGGACGGCAAAGCAUGCCUGGAUGGGUGCACCAGCAUUGCCCACAACAAAGACAAUGACCUGAUUCUGCCCAGUGCCCAGCCUGGUGAUGCGGACGUGUCGGCAGGAGGCUUCCGGCCGUCCAUCCAGGUGGCUCAGACUGGCAAAGACCGGCCGCUGCCUGACGUGGACGUCCCCCACGUCUGCAUGGGCACCCCUGCCCUCCAUGUGCCUGUCGACGUGCCCACAUCACCCCCCGCCGCCCGCCAUUAUGCCCACAUGGGUCCGGCCCUGUCUGCUGACGAGAUGGCUGGGGGGCCCUACAGGGCGUUCCUGGAGACCCGCGCCCUGGUUGAGCCGCUGCUGCACCUGGCCCUGUGGCGGGAACUGGACGUGCUUCUCAGCCUCCUGCUGAGGACCCAGGGCGAGGAUUCGCUCUACGCGCAGAAGCAGGCCGUGGCCAGGAGAAUAGCCGACGCGUUUUUGAGCGGAGAGGCGGAGAGGGCGCUGGGGGUAGAGAAUGCCACCUGCGCCCAGCUACGUGAACUCCUGCCCUCUGGGAAAGCCAUUCCAUGGAUUUAUGCAGCGAAGCGUGACAUUUGUAAGUUUCUCAGCACCUCCUAUGAUUCAUUUUUGGAUGAAGAGGAUAAAACACUCAAUAUUCAUCUAUUUGGCAGAAUGCAGUCAGUGUGUCUCACCAGAAUGCCGACAGUGCCCUCUAGUGGAUCGAACACGGCAGAGCAGCAGCUCAGGCGCAUGACAGAGGCUCUGGCUCUGUGCCACGGCUGCUGUGGGUAUGCGGAUGCAGAGCUCCUCUCUGAUGAGACCUGGGUGCUCCUGACUCUGGAGGAUGUGGCUGGAGGAGGGUCUAUUCACCUGCACUACAAAAACACCGACAUGUUUGAUAUGCCAUUUGAGCAGCUGGCCUUGAAGUUUCCUAAAGUGGCAGCAGAGAGGAUAAGUGCCAGCUACCGUCUCUACUGUAAGGAGAGACCCCCAUCAGAUAGACCCACCUCCAGAAAUCUGUCGUCAGCCACUACAAACAGAAAGGAUCUGAAGAAGGCCAACAGUUUUUACCACACACCAUCCAUGAGGCCAAGAACCUAUGGAGACCUGUUCAGGAACUCCACUCACCUGGACUACUUCAAGCGUUACCUGCGUUGCAAUAACGCUCACGGCCCUCUGCUCUUCAUCCAGGAAGUGGAGCGCCUGCGUUCCAUCGAACAGACCCCAAAGGGUGCCAAAAUCCAGAGAAGAAAAAUCCAUGCCAUCGUGGAAAAGUAUUUCCGACGGGAUGAUGCCGCUGAUUUUCUGCAGUGCAGUGCAGACUUAAUUAACAAGGUGGGAACCAUGAGACCGGUGACCUGUGAGAUCCUGUACGCCAUCCAAGAUGUGGUCAACAAGUCCCUGGAGGCCACUUGGUUUAAGCAGUACCAGGACGUCUUCCCUCCCAGUCCCAUUGUGGUCCCUGACACCACUGCCAGAGGAUCCAUCAUCAAAAACAAACUGAAAAAUGUCUGGACCAUUCUGAGUGGCUUCAUCAAGGGUGUAUGCAAGUUCAAGGCGGGCAUGGUGAACACCAAGACCCGUGGCGAGUUUGAGAAGUUCCUGCGUCAGCACUACCGGGUCUACUCUGACCCGCACAGCGUGAGCCCAAGUCCGUCGUCCAUGGACAUGUCAAAGACACACAUGUCCAAAGAGGACGAUUCGGCUUCCCUCAAGACACGCCUCAUCAAGAACAAGCCCUUGAUUGUGGACUUCCUGAUCAAUGAUCUCUCCUUCUACUUGGAGUGUGAGAGGUUCCGGAGCCUAGCAGACUCUGGCACAGCUAUGGCGGUUGCCGGCUUGUACGGGGAAAACGACUACGCCAUGCUUCACCAGAAGGCUGACAUGAUCAUCAAACUCUUCCUCAAGUCUGAGUUCUCACCUAAACUUAGGAUAAAUAUCGCUGAGUCCCAGAGAGACAGCAUCCUCCAGCUCUUUUACUCUGGCCGAGUGGACCGCACCCUCUUCUACCUGGCCAUCGUGACCGUCUUCCCCAUCCUGAUGAUCUGCUGGAAGAAGUUUUGUGCACAUCGGGUUAUGGAGCAACUGUUUGGGGGGAAAGCAGAGAAGACGCCAAAGAAGGGGGAACAGAAGGUGCCCCCACCCGAGGCUCCGGACCACGUGGACGUGAAGGACAUUAAGGACGACUGGUACCAUAAAGUCAAGAGAAUCAUAUCCCUGACGGAUGAACAUACCAUUGUGCGCUUCACCGUUCAACGAGGCCUCAAACUCAUCGUUCCACAGGGCAAGGUUUGCAUGAAAGACUGCCCGGGCAGUGACUCACUGUCCAAGAUCCCCAGUGGACACAGUGGGCUGCCGGCGUUUGGAGCAUCAGAUUCCCUGGGGCUAGAGCCCCCUCCUCAGAAGCAGCCCAGCAAUGGCCACCUCCAACAUCCAGAGGGCGCCCCUGCAUCAGGAGUAGGCUUGUCGACUGUUGCUGAGGAGCUCUAGGCAAAGAGACAGCCGCUAUCAUUUCAAACGAACGCAAGGAAUAAAAGUCAUC